AUACUAGCACCAAGCCCUCACCUACAGUGCCGGUUCAUGAAUAAAGCCGUAUCAUUGACUGCAUACGAGUGGGGGCGAAAGAGAGCGCGCGUAACCUAGGUCCUCAGUGCGAAGUGAGAGGCGCGCGCGUCGAACGUACGACCGACUGGCCUCCUCACAUACAAACUCGCGAAAAUCAACUCUAAUAGUCACGCAUAAAGUGCAUAUUCCUGUGUAGUGUGCUGUGAAUUUCUAGUGUGAAAUGAGUGAAGAAAACGCAAUAGGAGACGAUUUGAAAAGACAAGCGGCAAUGUUCUAUAAUACUACGGAAAGAGACCGAUCACAAGAGCACCAAGCGACAUGGUGCUUCUGGCGACGGCGGAGGCUCAUCGUGGCUCUCCUAGCGUUCUUCGGGUUCUUCAAUGUCUACGCGUUACGCGUCAACUUAUCCGUCGCCGUGGUCGCCAUGACGGAACCCGUAGAGACGAAGCUAGAAAACGGAACUGUUGUGUUUAUACCAGAAUUUGACUGGAGCUCCCAAACCAAGGGUUUAGUCCUGUCAUCGUUCUUCUACGGGUACCUGGUGACGCAGCUGCCCGGCGGCUGGCUCGCAGCUAAAAUAGGAGGUAACAGAAUGUUCGCCAUCGGGAUAGGGGCGACAUCUCUACUUACGUUGUUUACGCCGCCGCUGGCACACACCAGUACUUCACUCCUCAUCGCUGUAAGAGUAGUAGAGGGACUGUUUGAGGGUGUGACAUACCCCUGCAUCCACGCAGUAUGGUCCCGCUGGGCGCCAAGCGAGGAGCGAGCACGACUAGCAACGUUCGCCUUCAGCGGGAGCUACGCGGGCACCGUGGUGUCCAUGCCGCUAUGUUCCUUGCUGGCACACUAUACGGGCUGGCCAGGCAUAUUCUAUGUGUUCGGUAUAAUGGGACUAGUGUGGACAACAGUCUGGUGGCUGGUGGUAAAAGAGUCACCAGAAAAGGACCCCCGGAUAUCUCCAGCGGAGUUAAAAUACAUACAGGACUCACGGGGUACUCAAGCUAUCGAAGGGUCCAAAAUUAGGCACCCGUGGCGGGCCAUGUUGACCUCAGGGCCCGUGUGGGCCAUAGUCAUGGCCCAUUUUAGUGAAAACUGGGGGUUCUACACACUGCUCACAUUCCUGCCUACAUUUAUGCAAGACGUGUUCAAGUUCGAGACAUCGGCGACUGGCUGGCUGUCUGCGGUGCCGUAUCUCGCCAUGGCUAUAAUUCUACAGGUGGCGGGUCACCUCGCGGACUGGGUGUUGAGAAAAGGGUACAUGUCGCGCACUAAUGUCAGAAAACUGUUCAACUGCGGCGCUUUUCUUGCACAGACGAUUUUCAUGGUGGCGGCCUCAUACGCGUCGACGGUGACAGGCUGCUUAGUGAACCUCACCAUCGCCGUCGGUCUGGGAGGAUUCGCUUGGUCCGGAUUCAGCGUAAACCAUUUGGACAUAGCUCCGCCGCACGCCAGCGUGCUGAUGGGUCUCUCCAACACCGUGGCGACAUUGCCCGGGAUCAUAAGUCCGCCCCUCGCCGGCUCCAUUGUCACUGACAAGACAGCGGAGCAAUGGCGCGUCGUGUUCUUCAUAUCCAGCGCCAUCUAUCUGCUCGGCGCGAUAGUGUAUGGCUUCCUGUGCUCCGCCGAGCGGCAGCCGUGGGUACUAGAAUGUGAAGACCCUAGCUUCGACACAGAUGGCGCCUCCGUCACCACUGCGAAAGGCUACGAUAAUAAGGCCAUGGACCACAGCGAAAUGUAAAACUGCUCACAAAAUAGAAAAAUGAUAAACCUAAAAUCUAUAGACGUAGGUGUUUUAUCCUAAAUAUAUUAAAACGUCACUCACGUAGGGGAGACCGAGGUGAGUAAUAGCAAUAGCGCGCGUUUGUUAGUUCAAGCAAAGAUAGAUAUAGAGUUUUGAAUGAUUCACGGUUAGUUUCACUAGACUUAUAUUGACCGGGAUAUAGACCGUGAUUACCUUUUGUAUUAUUUGUGAGCUCCCGAUAUUUCGACGCAGUUACAUGCAUCAUGUUCACGGGUGACUGAAGAUAGCGGGUGGGUGUCAAAGUUGUGUAGACAGCGCUCUGUCUACCCUCAUUCUUGCGCGUCGGCUGCGUUCACUUUCAACGUUACCAACGGUCGCAUUCACACUUGUUGGUCCGGUCGCGUUCACACUCGUUGGUCUGUCCAAACACACUACACUCACGGUGUCACUACGCGUGUUUGAUUCGGAUAUCACUGGUUUUUUACACAAACAAAUCACAGGAUUCCACACAUUUGACAGUUUAAACCCAUCUUCACGAUUAAAAUUUUUGUAUUUGUGAAUUUCAACGGCUUCUCUUACCAAUCUUGGUAUAUAGUGGCGUUCUGUCGAAAUGACCUUGGGACUAUGCAACUCGAUCCAGUGAUUUGUACCCGACUCAAGGAGAUGCUGAGCAAUAGCUGACUUGCGAACGUCAUUGUUCUUGACCGCAGCAAUGUGUUCUUUAAUUCUGCAGGCAAUAGUGCGUUUGGUCUGCCCAAUGUACGAACUACCGCAGCUGCACUCAACUUUGUAUACACCAGGUUUUUCCAGGGGAAAAUUGUCUUUGGGCGACCGCAGAAAUUGUGCAAUUUUCCUGUGCGGGGUGAAGAUAGUUUUUACAGAGUAGUUAUUUAGUAUUUUUGAUAUCUUGUCUGUCACACCCUUGACGUACGGCAUAAACGCUGGCUGUCUCUCAACGCGAUGAGUAAGGCGCUUGGUUUUUGUGUCCCGCUUGUCCAUGUUAACUCUGUAGCCAUUCAUCCUCAGGACACUCUGAACAUGGUUCAGCUCCUGGUUUAGAUGUAGCGAGUCACACAGAGCGUGUGCUCGAUUAGUCAGUGAUGCCACAACCGAGUUUAACUGUCUGGGAUGAUGGUGCGAGCUCGCGUGUAAAUAGCGGUCCGUGUGAGUCGGUUUCCUAUAGACUGAGUGUCCCAGCAUGCCACAACCUGUAACAUUCAGUCUCACAUCCAGAAACGCAAUACUCCUUUCUUGUUCCAUUUCCAAUGUAAACGACAUAGAUCGGUGCAUGCUAUUAAGGUGUCCUAGCAUCAGUUCAGCUUCCUGUUUACCACCCUUAAUUAUGCAGAACACAUCAUCCACGUACCUCUUCCAAAUUUUAACGGGAACUGGGGGCGCAGAAAGGGCUAGGUGCUCAAAGUGUUCCAUCCAAAUGUUAGCCACCACUGGAGCCACCGGACUGCCCAUCGCUACUCCCUCUGCCUGUAUAUAAUAUUGCCCGCGAAACAGAAAGUAAUUUGUAGUGAGGCAGUGUUCAAGGAGCCUUACGUAUUCUAUUGGCAUGCCGUUCUCCUGGAUCUUGUUUCUUACUACCUCAAUGCUAUCAAUUACAGGUACGUUAGUGAACAAUGACUCUACGUCAAAACUGACCAUCACUUCAUCAGGUUCAAUCCUAACGUCCUGUACGAUCUCAAUAAAAUGGCGAGAGUCCUUCAAGAAUGAGGGUAGACAGAGCGCUGUCUACACAACUUUGACACCCACCCGCUAUCUUCAGUCACCCGUGAACAUGAUGCAUGUAACUGCGUCGAAAUAUCGGGAGCUCACAAAUAAUACAAAAGGUAAUCACGGUCUAUAUCCCGGUCAAUAUAAGUCUAAGAUAGAUAUAACUCCGUAAUAGAUGGAUACAGUCUAAGGAAAGAACAUGCCUCAAAAUCACGAAAAUUUGAUUCUCGAUCAGAUGGCGCCACUAGCUUUGGCCUACUCUCGUAUAGAGGGCGUUGACCGUUUCGCUUGUUAUUUAUAAUUUUAACGCAUAUCAGUGAAAGAACACGGGUCAAAAUCAUAUAAAAAUAAUUAAUGCAAAAAAAAAAAUCAUUUAUCUAUAUUUAAAUACAUUUUAACGUAUUUUUAUAAAUCUUCAUUUUUAGUUUUAAAGUGUGUCGAUAGAUGGCAGUGAUUUUACAGCGGUUACAAAAUUUACUAUGACAGUACCGCUCUAUCUUAUUAUAUCCUCUUUGCUAGAUAACAAACGCGCGUGACGUGAUAAACCCUCAGAUUAUGGUAGUGGCGCCACCUACGCAGAGUUUUGCGUAAUAUUCCCUAUUUACAACUAAUAUUAUAAGCAAAAGGAGUUGAAAAUAGAGUUCCGGUUAAUAGCUGAAAAUCGUUGAGCAUUAUCGUUCGUCGCGACAUCUAUUGUCGAGUAGCAGUGCUGAUAAUUCCGCUACUUGACGCUAGAUGUCGGCUACGAAAAUAAUAGUCGUUUUGGUAACAAAACUGAUAUAUGUGUCGUUUUCAAUCAAAAGGUACCACAUUGUCGCUUGCCAUAAGGACGCUCUGACAGGUUAUUCAUAUAAAGAUACAAUCCAAUUUCCUCCUUAUGGUAAGCGGCAAUGUACCUUUUGAUUGAAAACGUCACACUGGACUAUGGAGUGAACACUCUAUGUCUAAUUAAUUAUCUUUGAUUGGACUACUCUUUAACAAUUUUUCUACUCUCUAAUUUUUGUAUGCCUUUUAUUUUAAAUAAGUUUAAUAUUAAGUUAAAAUACGUCUUAAUCUGGUUCCUAUUUGACUAAACUGACUCUUUUCCGUCACAUCAAAAUGUGUCAUUGUGACGCAAAAGGUGUCACUGCAAUACCAAUCCGUCCUUUUUGAAAAACAAGGGGGUGAAUUUUGCCUGUAGACAAUUAAAAUACCUAUAUUUUCAGUUUAGCAAGAAAAAUUGCAUUUUUAAUUUUUCACUGACGCCUUGAAAGUUUUAAUGUGGCGCCAUCUAUGUGCAGAAAUAAGAAACGCAACUUUGUACGGUAGUUGACAGUUUUGUUUGCUUUAUCUCUGAUUUCGCUAUAUGUUAUUGACUUAUUUUUAAAGAAAGUAUUUUUAAUGGAAUUAUGUAUGGAAACCAGGGACCGGCCCGCUAUCCCUUAUCGGGGUUUUAUAAGGGUAUUGCAUAAGGCUUAACUCACCAUACCCUUUGCCAGACAAAACCCUUUGUUUUGGUUUUAAAAACCCUUAUAUAAAGCUACCACAUUUGAGUAAUCGGUAGCCCAAAUACCCUUACAAAACCCUUAUCAUCCGCUCACCAACACCUUGCAUAUUGCUUAUAAGGGUUAGCCUUAUAAAGGGCUUCCCUUUUAGCAUAUAAGCGUGCUAAUUUAAGUCGUCUACCUUGUUCAUAAAGCACACAUUACUUCGAAUCCGAGCGAUCGUCGGCGGCGACGGCGGCGUUCUUUGACUAGGCAAGUAUUUUCUUUCCUUUUCAUACACUACCGUAGAUAUAUACUAAUCCUGUCUCUUUCACGCAAAGGGAAACCUUUAUAAAAAGCGCUUAAAGAUAAGGGUAACCCUUAUUAAGAGCUAGCCUUAUUUUUGGUUAGCUUUUCGGUAAGGGUUAGUCAAAGGUAAGGGUAUGAAUGGGCUUGCAGCUCAAAAGGGAAAGUCUUUCAAUGUGUUAGCCGUAUUUAAGUGUCGCCCAUUGAAAGGGUUUUAUCGCGGAAAGGGUUGUCCGGUCCCUGAUGGAAACAAUCACACAGCUGGUUUCUUGAAAGCUUGUAACUUAUACGUAAUAACAAGCGGAAAUCUCUUUCUAAUAAAAGGUGUUGAAAAGAGACGUCCGCUUGUAUUCAAGAAACGGGCUCAGCUUUAGUUCUGAUAUAAAGUAAAAAUUUUCAUACAUUGACCCGCCUGGGUAUAUAUUUCUGUCACACGCACAUAAUUAUAUUUGCUGUACUUCUCGCACAGUGAUAUUGACAGCCGGCAUCAUGCGCGAGAAAGCAAUAAAGGUAACUAAGCGCGUGCGAUAGAGAUAGGAACAGGCGGGUCGAUAUAUGGAAUUUUUGGAUGGAUGGAAACUCCAAUGAUCUGUAUAUAAAUUAAAUGUGAUAAUUUGUAAGAAUAUAAUUAUGUCAAGUGUAAUGGAAAUACAUGCAUAUUAUUAAUGUAAAUGAUAUUCUGUGCUGUGCGUUGAGAAAUUAAAGAAUUUUAUGGAAA